AUGGCUCAAGGAAGCAGGAGGAAAAAACGUCAACACUUCGGUCAUAAAACAGUGAAGCCGCAGUUACUUAUCGAGGACUUUUUAUCCGGCAACUUAUCUGCAAUAUUGGCUGCAUCUUCUGCAUCUUAUAUGCUGUUGAUCUUGCAACGAACGGUCUUCAGUGUUAUGUUAGGGCCUCAGUUGUAUCGUUUAGGAGUUUACAUAAAUUUAAAUGAAUAUACGCGCCACGCCACACCCCUUGGCCACAAUCCCCGGGCCACGCCACACCCCUUGGCCACAAUCCCCCGGCUACGCCACACCCCUUGGCCACAAUCCCCGGGCCACGCCACACCCCUUGGCCACAAUCCCCGGGCCACACCCCUUGGCCACAAUCCCCCGGCUACGCCACACCCCUUGGCCACAAUCCCCCGGCUACGCCACACCCCUUGGCCACAAUCCCCCGGCCACGCCACACCCCUUGGCCACAAUCCCCCGGCCACGCCACACCCAUUGGCCACAAUCCCCCGGCCACGCCACACCCCUUGGCCACAAUCCCCCGGCCACGCCACACCCCUUGACCACAAUCCCCCGGCCACGCCACACCCCUUGGCCACAAUCCCCCGGCCACGCCACACCCCUUGGCCACAAUCCCCCGGCCACGCCACACCCCUUGGCCACAAUCCCCCGGCCACGCCACACCCCUUGGCCACAAUCCCCGAGCCACGUCACAUCCCUUCCCUGGGCCAUAAUCCCCGGGCCACGCCACACCCCUUCCCUGGGCCACAAUCCCCAGGCCACGCCAUGCACCGCACCCAAUGUGGCUCCAACCCCUCCACCCACAGACGGACGCCGAGUAACAAUGCCAAAUCGCACGGCUAUUACAGUUUUCCCCCAAGCAGAUUUGCUAAGGAACAGCCAAACCGCCCUUACUUCAGAGACAUAAUAGAUGAAGCUGCACUUGAAGUAGGCGGUAACAAGCAAGGCUCCAGCAAGCUCUCGGAGACUAUCAUCAGAGAUAAGUGGACAUUAUUCUCAAUUCAGGAACAGCAAAGUUAUAUCAGUCAUGUUGACCUGUUCUAUACCGGGAGUAGACUGUAUAAGCAACCGUAUCCCUACAUUGUGAAAGAUGGAAACAAGGAAGAAAACAGCAAGUACAUGCACAACAAGAUUAAGGAAGUAUCCCUAAAGACGGAAAAUUCUAAUGGACAAAGGAGACAUUAA